CUGAGAGGCGGAUAGUUUCAAACACGCAAACAUACGCAGAGAGGGAGACGGACGGACACACACACAGACACCUCCUGCGGUGCUGCUGAGGGACAAGAUGUGGCUGCGAGAGGAGCUUUUGAAAUCCAUAUGGCACGCAUUCACAGCCCUGGACGUGGAUCAGCGUGGAAAAGUCUCCAAGUCUCAGUUAAAGGUGCUGUCUCAUAAUCUGUGCACAGUGAUGAAGAUCCCACAUGACCCCGUGGCCCUUGAGGAGCAUUUCAAAGAUAACGAUGAAGGGCCUCUCUCCAACCAGGGCUACAUGCCUUACCUCAACAGGUUUAUUCUUGACAAGGUAUGUGGGGAUUUCGACAUAAUGGAGUUCAACAGGAUGUGCUGGACACUUUGUUACAAGAAAAAUAUACACACAAAACAUUUGCUCAUCUCAGAUAAUGACGCUUUCAAAGUGUGGUGCAUUUUCAACUUUCUGUCAGAGGACAGAUACCCGCUAGUCAUCGUCAUGGAAGAGAUUGAGUACUUCCUGCGAAAACUCACAGAAGCCAUGGGGACUGUUUGGAGUAAAGAGAGCUUUGCAGAAUAUAAGCAGCGUCAGAACUCGAAGAACUUCCUGUCUGCCUGGGAGCUGAUCGAACUGGUGGGAAUGGGUUACUUCUGCAAAGGCUUAAACCGCCAGAUCCUGGCCAUGGGCAUCAAUGAGGUCUUCAAUGAGCUCAUACUGGACGUUCUCAAGGAGGGAUACAUGAUGAAAAAGGGGCACGUCAGGAAGAACUGGACCGAGCGCUGGUUCGUCCUCAGACCCACCUCACUGUCGUACUAUGUGUGUGAGGAUCUCGAGGAGAAGAAAGGAGACAUAAUUCUGGACCAGAGCUGCUGUGUGGAGUCGCUGCCAGAUAAAGAAGGGAAGAAAUGCCUUUUUAUUAUAAAGUGUGCUGACAAAAGCUUUGAGAUCAGUGCGUCAGAUAAAAAGAAGAAGCAGGAGUGGACUCAAGCUAUUCAAACGUGCAUCCAGCAGCUGAGGCUGGGGCUGCUGUCUCCUCACCGCGAGGCCCGGCUCAGGCGCCGGGAGCUCCGGCAGAGGCAGCAGGUGGAGGAAGACGACCUGGCAGAGAGGAUGAGGCAACUCCAGGCGGCCAAUGAGAGCAAACAGAGAGAGCUGGAAGCCAUGAGAAUGAAAAUGGAAGAGGCUGCGGCUAAAGCGGCGCUGGAGGAGCAGAGGAGGAAGCAGACUCAGUUAGAUCUGCAGGAUCGCUACAGACUGGACAUGGAGAGAGAGAAGAUGGUGCGUCAGCAGAUGGAGGAGCAGGUGGCCCAGAAGUCCAGUGAACUGGAGCAGUACCUGCAACGCGUCAGAGAGCUGGAGGAUAUGUACCACCGGCUGGAGGAGGCCUUAGAGGAUGAGAGGCAGGCCAAGCAGGAUGAGGAGGCCAUGCGGAAGCUGCAGGCCAGCCUGCUGGAAAAGGAGGCAGCCAAGAGGGCAGAACUGGAGCGGAUCCAACAGCAGCAGCAGAGGGCGCUGUCUCAGACCGAGGCAGAGAAGCAGGAGCUAAUGGCCGAGCAGCUGGCCAAGGAGAGAGACCUGCAAGCAGCCGUGCAGCAGCUGGAGAGGCUGCAGAGGGAGCGGCAGGGAGCAGUGAAGCAAUAUGAGGCAGUGACGAGGAAACUUGAGCGAGCAGCUAACAAGACUAAGACUUGGAAAGACAAGGUGGCCAAGCACGAGGGGCUGGUGCGUCUUAUCCAGCCAGGUCACAAAGAACCGCAGAGGAUCACUAACUGGGGUCCUGCAUCGUUCACUGACACUGAGCUGGAUCUGAAGAAGAAGUUGUGGCAGGAGCGUAAGAACCAGGGAGCUCAGACUCAGUGAUUUAUACAUGAAUAAUUCAGUGUUUGUGUCCGAAGUCACCCGACUGUUCACUGCUUUGCUAGUUUCUGUAUAAGAAACACUAUCAGUGAUAGCCUUUUUUUGGAGGCCAGGUAAUCAUAUACCUAAAAAACAAUACAAAUAAUAAAAUGCUCACAACUUGACAUAAAUGUUGAUGCUAAUGGCCCAUUUCACAGAUAAAUCCAGAUUAAUUUGACUGUAUUUACUACCAUUAACUGCAAAUGAUGACAUUUUAAAUAUAUUCUACAACACUGAAAAUAGGUGCACACUCUUUAACUUGUUUAUUUUGCAAAUUACUGGCAUCCUGUACAGCAGGAGUUUCAAACAUAAGGCCCCAAAGACAAAGACUCCAAUUCAGGCUGCUGGACAACUUUGGAAAAUAUGAAAGAGUGCAUAGAUUUGGACCUUUUAACUGUGUUUUCAUAAGUUUUAAAGCUUUUCCCAUUGCUAUUUCAUACUACAAGAUCAAAGUGGCCUAUAUGUGGCUCACAGUGAGUAUUACUGUACUACAUAGUUCGUGUAAUAGUUAAGAGUUGAAGAAAGAAUCCUGCUUUUAAAUUCGAAACUUUUACUUAUCUGCACAUAAUAAAAUAAAAUGUAGUCUUUGCCAAGUCAUAAAAUUAGAUAAAUACAACCUGGGAUGAACAACAGCACACGACAGAUUACAUCUUGUCAUUAUUUAUUUAACAGGAACUAGUCUUAAAAUGUGCUUAGAGGAGUUCAUAGUCGGCUCAAUAACUGCAAGAUGUGCAGGUCUCUUGGUUGCAGUGCAAGCCUGAAAGCCUCCGCUUUUAUAGAGGUGCUCACACUUGCUGCCCAUCAGUUAAUCAAGUGCAUUUUACUUUCAGCAUCUGGCUGCUGCUGGUUGUUAAAUGAAUAAUGACACGAUGUAACGGUUUACGUGCUGUUGUGCAUCUGAGGUUGUAUUUGCCUCAUUUUAAGACCUAAGGAAUAUUAAUUUUAGUAUGUCCCGAUAUGUAAAAGGGUGUUUUUUCUUUUUUCCCCGUAUGUAUCAUCUUAAUUUUAAGUCCUCUGUGUCAGCUCCUGUCACGCAAAGGUAUGCGUCCUCAUUUUAUUGUCCAAUGAUCGUGGGUUUGCUUUUAGGAUGCAAACAAGUUACUCUUCUACUCUACUUUUUAUCCCAGUGUCUACAAUUAAAGACUAAAUGAACACACUCAAACAUGGCAGACAGAAAAAGUAGGUAAAGUAGUGAACAGGCAGUGAUUUCUUUCACAGCCUCUGACUGUAAUGAAAUGUCACAAGUCUAAAGGCGCUUGAUAACAUGAGCUCACCAAACCACAUGAAAAUGUAAAAACUGGUUUACUUCUCUGGUUGACUUGUAGAUGUAGAGCUUUGAGUAAUUUUCUUCUGUAACAAAAAUCAAAUCCAAGCCUCAGACGUUUAUUUGUUACCUUGGAAAAAGAUUCUCCAAUUUAAUAACAACCAUCUCCUGAGAGGUGAUUAAAAGAGGUGAUGAGCUGAGAUAAUUUGAUCACAGGUUAACAUCCACCUUUUUAUUUUAUUCAGUUGAGUUUUCCGUUUUAGAUUUUAUUUAGAUUUUAUUCUCAUCUCAUGUGCUGUAUUUCAUGUUAGUACUUUGCUUUUUUUUUUUUUUUAAUAUUUUGACUUGUUAGAAGACUUAUUUUAACAUAGAAGGAAAAAGAGUUUUUUGUUUUGUUUUGUUUUUUUUACUAAGAUUUAGGAGGAUAUGUGGGCAGAAAUGUUUGCUAUAUUGUCCCAGGUCAUUAACUCUAGAUGAGUUAAUUGUGUCUGUUAUAACCAACAAAUUAAAGCAUUUUUUUCACGA